GGCAGCGGCGGCGCGGGCACCGGGCCCCCCAGCGGGAGGAUGAAGCGGCGGAACGCCGACUGCAGUAAGCUCCGCCGCCCCCUAAAGCGGAACCGGAUCACCGAGGGCAUCUACGGCAGUACAUUUCUAUACCUGAAAUUCCUGGUAGUGUGGGCACUUGUCCUUCUGGCCGACUUUGUCCUGGAAUUUAGAUUUGAAUACCUGUGGCCAUUCUGGCUUUUCAUCCGAAGCGUCUAUGAUUCCUUCAGAUACCAGGGACUGGCCUUCUCAGUAUUUUUUGUUUGUGUAGCAUUCACAUCAAAUAUAAUAUGUCUGCUCUUCAUUCCCAUACAAUGGCUUUUUUUUGCUGCUAGCACAUACGUAUGGGUUCAAUAUGUAUGGCACACAGAAAGAGGAGUGUGUCUGCCUACAGUGUCCCUCUGGAUACUCUUUGUUUACAUUGAAGCAGCAAUUAGAUUUAAAGACCUCAAAAAUUUUCACGUAGACCUUUGUCGUCCAUUUGCUGCUCAUUGUAUUGGGUACCCGGUGGUGACUUUGGGCUUUGGCUUCAAAAGUUAUGUGAGCUACAAAAUGCGGUUAAGGAAGCAAAAGGAAGUUCAAAAGGAAAACGAAUUUUAUAUGCAGCUUCUUCAGCAGGCCCUUCCUCCAGAGCAACAGAUGCUACAGAAGCAAGAAAAGGAGGCCGAGGAAGCAGCCAAAGGAUUACCUGACAUGGAUUCUUCGAUCCUUAUACAUCACAAUGGAGGCAUCCCAGCCAACAAAAAACUGUCCACAACUUUGCCAGAGAUAGAAUAUCGAGAAAAAGGGAAAGAAAAGGACAAGGAUGCCAAAAAACAUAACCUUGGAAUAAAUAACAACAACAUCCUACAGCCUGUAGACUCAAAAAUACAAGAAAUUGAAUAUAUGGAAAACCAUAUCAAUAGCAAAAGAUUAAAUAAUGAUCUUGUAGGAAGUACAGAAAAUCUCUUGAAAGAGGACUCAUGCACUGCUUCCUCAAAAAAUUACAAAAAUGCCAGUGGAGUUGUGAACUCCUCACCUCGAAGUCACAGCGCUACAAAUGGGAGCAUUCCUUCCUCAUCUGGUAAAAAUGAGAAGAAGCAGAAGUGCACCAGCAAGAGCCCGAGCACACACAAAGACUUAAUGGAGAACUGUAUUCCUAACAACCAGCUGAGCAAACCAGAUGCUCUGCUAAGGCUGGAACAAGACAUUAAAAAGCUAAAGGCUGACCUGCAAGCCAGCAGGCAAGUGGAACAAGAGCUUCGCAGUCAGAUCAGCUCCCUCUCAAGCACUGAACGAGGGAUCCGCUCAGAAAUGGGCCAGCUGCGACAAGAGAACGAGCUGCUGCAGAACAAGUUACAUAAUGCAGUGCAAAUGAAGCAGAAAGACAAGCAGAAUAUCAGCCAGUUGGAGAAAAAGCUAAAAGCUGAGCAGGAAGCCCGGAGUUUUGUAGAAAAGCAGUUAAUGGAGGAGAAAAAAAGGAAGAAAUUAGAAGAAGCCACUGCUGCCCGGGCUGUUGCAUUUGCUGCUGCAUCUAGGGGAGAGUGCACAGAAACCUUACGGAAUCGGAUCAGAGAACUAGAAGCAGAGGGCAAGAAGCUCACAAUGGACAUGAAGGUGAAAGAAGACCAGAUCCGAGACCUAGAACUGAAAGUUCAGGAGCUUCGGAAGUAUAAGGAGAAUGAGAAGGACACCGAGGUGUUAAUGUCAGCCCUCUCCGCCAUGCAAGACAAAACUCAGCAUCUGGAGAACAGCCUCAGCGCAGAGACGAGAAUCAAGCUGGACCUGUUCUCGGCACUGGGUGACGCAAAGCGGCAGCUCGAGAUUGCCCAGGGACAAAUCCUUCAGAAAGACCAGGAGAUCAAGGACCUAAAACAGAAGAUCGCAGAAGUCAUGGCCGUCAUGCCCAGCAUAACGUACAGCGCCGCCACCAGCUCCCUGAGCCCCGUGUCUCCCCACUACUCUUCCAAAUUUGUGGAGACCAGCCCCUCUGGACUCGAUCCCAAUGCCUCUGUCUACCAGCCCCUGAAGAAAUGAAGGCCAGCUGUGUGUUUGCCCAAACAAUUGGUCACCAGAAGGCUUCGAAAAACAGCGUCUCUGGCAGUCAAGAUAAAAAAAAAAAAAAAAUUUUUAUAUUGUAUUUUGUGGACUGUAUAUGUUGUCAUUUUUUUUAAAGGGGGGAAAAUAACAUCCAAGUCUGAUUAGAACUUCCCAUCAGUUGUUCUUGUAAGUUUUUAGAGGACCUCACAGAACUUCGCAGUUUACUUUUCUUGGCCAACACAUUAAAACCAUUCUUGGAUUUCAAGUAGCCAAUUUUGCCUUUUUAUGUAUUCAUACAUAGUUUCCUCUUGAAGAAAAACAGCAAUUUUCUUCUUUUCAACUCUGUUUUGAUCUUAAUAAGCAAGCAAAAAAAAUGCACAUUGUAUUCACAUGAGACAACAGUUGAAAACUCAGUUUCUAAAAUGAAAGGGUUAAAUAGCCUAUCACAGCUUUGCUUUCAUAGCUGCAUUUAAGAUGACUAUCAAUAUUACAGAAAAUAAAGUUUGAUCGACCCUCCAAGGUCUAGACAAAUUCAGGAGCAUCAUUUAAGCCAAGGAGAAAGAUGACUAGCUGUAAGAAUAUAACGGGUGCACUGGGCAUGGUGGCGCCUGCCUUUAAUCCCAGCACUCGGGAGGCAGAGGAAGGAGGUCUCCAAGAGCUUAAGGCCACCCUGAUACUACAUAGUGAGCUCCAGGUCAGCCUGAGCUAGUGGGAGACCCUACCUUGGGAAAAAAAAAUAUAUAUAUAUAAAACAGGUGCGUUUAAAAUAUUUACGUCCCCAUCCGGGAGUUCAGUCUUAGAAUGUGGCUAGCAGCAGUCUUCUUUGUAGUGCCUUGGGCAAAGAAACUUCAAGAGGAAACUUGAUGGAUUUAAACUGUUUUCCCCCUGUUCUGUCAUCUGUCUUCUGUUUGUCUCAAGCUCGCUGUGGAUCCUGUUGUACCACUGGUGGGUAGCUGGGCUGGUGGCCGUGGCCACCACCACCUCUUCCGUUCCUUUUCAUAGAAAGCGCCACAGUGUUCAGUGCUUGCCACCAAUUGAGCACCUUGGGGAGCGGCCGGGCAUGUCUCUGUGUGGCUGUAAUGAUGGCUAAUAAAAGCCUGUGGUCUGGGUAGGGGUUUCCCCCAGCAUUGCAGUUAACUGCUGUCCUUUACUUCUCAUCACCUUGUGUUUGAUAAUUUCAAGAAGCUUGACUAUUCCUCCACUCUUGUGCCAAGUUGAGUUGAUUUUUUUUUUAAGACUUAAACUCAAAAACUGCACAAAGGUAAUGGUUUCAACCGUGUAUUAUACAUUGGUAGAAAAGUGUUUGCGCAGGCAACUUUUGGAAGUGUUUAAGAAUCAGGGAGGGGAGGGGGGAGAGGGGCAAAGCAAAGUUGUAUUUUGAAAACUUGGAAAAAUGGAGAAACCAAGUAGAUGGGCUUUGCUUCCUUGCCAUGGGUUCUGGAAGGACAUAGUUAUAAAAUUUCCUGUUAAUUGGCAUGUAUAUCUCAUUUAAAGCAAAUUAAGUAGGACAAACGAGUCAGUAAAAUAGAAGUAUUAAAGAGAAUCAUCCUUUUAGUCACAGGUCUUACGUUGGGACUUAAAAGCGAACUUCUAGCUUCAGCCAGGCGUGCAUGUUGCUGCCAUUUGCAUUUUUGAACCAUCUCGUGUAACUGUCACCAUAAAAGUGUUACUCAGAAUUGUCAUAGAUUUUUUUCAUCUUUGUGCAAAAACCAUGGAAAAUUGUCACUGACUUUGUGUUGAGGUUUUCCCCAUUUUGCUGCCUUUGGGACACUAUUUUCGUUAAAUACUUGGUCUUGGCUGCAUUCUUUUUUGUUUCCCCCCGUGGGGUUCAAAAGAAUAAACGUUUUCUUACGAUAAAA